UUCCAAUCGCCUCACCACCACGUGAAGCAAGAAGAAUGGCCAUGAAUAUGGGCAGUCCCGCCGAAUUGUCGGCGCUUGUGCAAGUGCUGCAGCACACGUUGUCGCCACAUGCAGCACCGAGGCGCGCGGCGGAAUUGCAGCUGAAGGAGAUUACGAAGCAGCCGAACGGGCCGUUGCUAUUGCUCAACGUGCUGCGGACGCCGGACGUCGAGCUCGGCGUGCGUCUGGCGGCGUCGAUCGCGUUCAAGAACCUCGUCAAGAAGGAAUGGGACCCCGAGAGCGAAGGAUGCAUUGUGCCCGAGUGCAAAGCGCUCGUGAAGACGCACAUUGUGAGUCUCAUGUGCGACAUGCCGGACACGUUGAUGAAGCAGCUCAGCGCGGCGCUGUUUACGAUCGGUGAGUACGACUUUCCCGACCAGUGGCCGGAACUGCUGCCUCAGAUCGUUGAGAAACUCGGGGACCCCACCAGCGACCUGCGCACCGUGAACGGGAUGCUGGAAACGUCCAACGCCAUCUUCAAGCGCUUCCGCCAUGCUUUUAAAAGCGAUGCGUUGUACAAGGAGCUGCUGUACUGCCUCAUGCAAUUCCAGGCGCCGCUGCUGCACCUGUUCACAGCCAUGACCCACCAACUGCAGCACCCGACACCAUCGACGGACCUCCGAGGCCUCGCCACUGCCCUGCGCACCAUGUGCCGCAUCUUUUUCUCUCUCAACUGGCAAGACCUGCCCGAGUUCUUUGAAGACCACAUCGCAGCAUGGAUGCAAGCGUUUGAGUUUCUGCUUCGGCUCGACCUGGCCCAGCUCGUCGACGCCGACAACGACGACGAGGCCGACGUGAUGACGCUGCUGCACUCGGCCGUGCUGGAAAAUGUGCUCAUUUACGCUGAAAAGUACGAGGAAGAGUUUGCCCCGUUCGUGUCUGGGUUCACGCACGUGAUCUGGCAAAAGGUCACGACGCUGUCGCAGAUGCCAAAGCACGACCACGUCGCAGCGAAAUCGAUGAAGUUCCUUCGGUCCAUUGCAAUGCAGCAGGGCACCACCGCCCUCUUCCACCAAAACGACGUGCUCUCGGAGCUGUGCAAUAAUAUUGUCGUGCGCAAUCUGCAGCUGCGCGAGUCGGACGUCGAGCUCUUUGAAGACAACCCCCUCGAGUACAUCCGCAGGGAUAUUGAAGGCAACGACGGAGACUCGCGACGCAGCGCCGCCAUCGAACUGCUCCGCGGCCUCCGCCAAAAGUACGACGAUGCCGUCAGCCGCAUCUGCCUCAGUACGAUCACAUCGCUCUUGCAAGAGUACUCGGCGUCGCCCCAGACCAAAUGGAUGCAAAAAGAUGUGGCGAUCAACCUCGUGACCGCGUUGGCAGCUGUCAAGCAGACGCGGGCGCGGGGCGUGUCGGAAGUCCACCCAAAGGUGCCGCUGCUCGACAUCUUCAACAGCCACAUCCUUCCGCAGCUGCAGCAGCGCCAGGACACUUCGCCCACGGCGCAUUUGCUCACGGCUGGCGCCCUCAAAUUCGUCGCGACGUUCCGCAACCAGCUGCCCGUGGCCGUGCUCUCGACGCUGUUCCCUCUGCUCGUCCACUGCCUCGACCCGCGCCAGUUUGUCGUACAUACUUACGCUGCGUUUUGCAUCGAUCGGGUGCUCACAGUCAAAGAUGACCACCACCCUCCCCAUGGCGGCACCACCGCCACCGUCCGCCGCUUCAACAAGGACCUCUUAAAUCCUUAUGUUUCGCCCUUGUUAACUCAAGUGUUUGGGAUUUUGUGCGAGCCGUCGUACCCUGAGAACGACUACCUCAUCCGCAUGGUGCUGCGCAUUUUAAUUGUUGCCCAAGACUAUGUGCUGCCGAUCGCAGACACGCUCGUGCACAAACUCACAGUGUUGCUGGAAAAGGUGUGCAAAAACCCGAGCAACCCGGCGUUCUCGCACUGCUUGUUUGAGUCGCUGUCGAUGCUCAUUGCGAACGUGUGCACCCUCAACCCUGCCCUCACAGACACGUUCGAAGGCCUCUUGUUCCCACCGUUCCAGCAAGUGCUCAUCUCGGACGUUGAGCCGCUGUGCCCGUACGUGUACCAAGUGUUGGCGCAGCUGCUCGACAUGAAUCCGUCGGCGCAGCUGUCGGCGGCGUACCAGAAUUUGUUUCCCGUGCUGCUCACGCCAGCCCUGUGGGAUCGCAUCAGCACCGUACCAGCCAUCGUCAAGCUGCUCGAGUCGUACCUGCGAAAGGCCCCCGCGACCAUGCAGACGCACACCACCGGCGUGCUCGGGGUGUUUCAGAAGCUCCUGUCCAACCGCACGACUGAGACCCAAGCGUUUGCGCUGCUGCGCCCGUUUUUGAUUUACGUGCCGUUGGCGGCAUACCAGCCGUUGUUGCCAGAACUGGUCAAGAUCCUCAUGAUGCGGCUGCAGUCUCGGUUGUCAGGGCGCAAUGCGUCGAUUUACUCGAAAGAAAUGAUCGUCACUCUGUCCAUUUUUGUGGCCAAGCACGGCGCCGCGACGCUCGUGAAUGCUGUGGAAUCUGUCCAGCCAGGCAUGAUGAAGAUGCUGUUGAAUCCAAUUUGGGUUGACAAUGCCGUCAAAGCCAAGGGCCCGCACGAACGCAAGGCGGCACUGGUGGGGCUAACGCUGCUCGUAACCGAUACAUUUGUCGGCAAAGACGCAGAACUGCUGGACAAAAUUUUCCCCGCCAUCUCAAAGCUGCUCGACGUAAAAGAAGACACGUCCACGACUGUGCACAAGACGGAGGACGAGAUCUUGAUCGAUUUGGAGGAGACGGGGUACGACGCCGGGUACACGAGUUUGCAUUUUGCGUCGUCGGCGGGCGUCGACUAUGCGGCCCACAUCGGCAACGGACGCCAGAUGUGCUUGGAAUCGAUCUCCCGGCAGAGCCACGCCACGCCCCACUUUGUACGAGGAAUUCAAUGACGAAAUAGUCUGGAAUUAACUAUUUUUGCUUAUAUUUAAUUUUUGGUGGUUGCUGGUAGUUCCAACAAGUGUAUGCGCAAUCGACCAACCAAGCGGGAUGGGAUACGCUGCUCAAGGCACUCGAAGCCGCCAAGUUGCCCUUGGCUUGAAAGAGCCUUUAAAAGCAUCAUUCACGAUGUAGAUUCGGGUUUUAAUAUAUCGAUCGUCGUUGAA